CCGGUAUUAUUGUUCUGUCUAGUACAUACCAAGAUAUUAACCCCUCAAAGCAAAAUCACCGGCGGUCAAGAAGCUCGGCCGCACAGCCACCCUUACCUCGUUUCCCUGCAGACCAGGUUCCUGUGGGCUCGCCUGCACAACUGUGGCGGAGCCAUACUCAAUGAUCGAUGGGUACUAUCUGCUGCUCACUGCGCCAUCGAGUCUUGGUUAGUGCGAUGGCUUCCGCUAGAUGUCGUGGCUGGCAUACACGACGUCAACGACUUUGGACCACAGGCACAAGUGAUUAGGAUUAGCGAACGAAUUCCUCAUCCUCUUUAUGAAGGAAACUCAUCAGCUUUGUUGACAUUCUUACAUUUCAGAGGUAUCGGACCAUACGACAUAGGCGUGUUUGGAACGACAGCCCCAUUCUUCUUCAACAAGUUUGUCCAGCCUGUCAAACUGCCCACUAAUUACAAAAUGGAUGGAAAUUCAAUGAAAUUAGCUGGUUGGGGAGCUUUGAAAACUACAGUGUUCAUACCAGACCUACCCAGUAGGCUGCAAGAAGUAAAAGUAACAUACAUGACCUAUAAACAAUGUCACGACGCAAUCGAUAAAUUACUCGAAGGCGAUGAAAUCAAUCCAUUAGAUGAAGAAGCUAACAUGUGCACGGGUCCUAUAACUGGCGGAAUAGCGGCAUGCAAUGGAGACUCAGGUGGUCCACUUAUACAGUACGUUCCAAAUAUAAUUCUUGAGCCCAACGAUGAAGUAGAAGAAAGUACUGAGAGGUAUAACGGGAGUAGCUGUGAGCAGAAUAAUGAACAGACCACAGAAGGUUUAGAAGAAACGACUGCAGAAGCACAGGAGAGACAAUACCAACCGGAGUUAGUCCCAGUUGUAGUGGGUGUGGUGUCUUGGGGAGUUCAGCCGUGCGGCGAAAGAGGAGCUCCCACGGUAUACACCAACAUAUCCACCUACAUAGAUUUCGUCAACUAUAAUAUUAACCUUAAGAUAGUUUAGAAAAUACAGAACAAAUACCUGGUUUUAAUACCUUUUAAUUUUA